AUGAGGCAUAUUGGUUUAACUUUGGUGACCCUAAAACUGGACAAUGUCAGCUUGUCUUCAUGGCCGGAGUGGCUUCAGUAUUUCCCCCAUCUUCAGACAUUAGAGAUGACCUGCCAGUUCCCGUCAAUCCCCGACAAUGCUUUUGAUGGGCAGGAAAAUAUUUUGAUGACUCUAACAUUAAUUAAUGGCAUUCUGACAGAAACAUCGCUUUCUUUAUCUAACCUUUCCUCUCUGUCCACAUUGGUAUUAGAUAAUAAUAAUAUUUCUAGAAUAAACAGCCUUCCUAACUUUGGUAUUCUAUCAUCUAUAAGUAUUAACUACAACCGUUUAUCUAACGCCACACAUUUAAGCGAUAUACUUAGAUCCGUAUCAAAUUCCCUCACCAUUCUUCAGGCUGAAGAAAACAAACUCAGCAGUUUUCCAGACUUGUCUUUCAUGACGAAAUUACUCGAAAUCUACCUUUCCAACAAUCUUAUCUCAGACACGAGUUCAGGGUUCAUCUCGCCUUCAGUCACAUAUCUUGAAGCAGAGAACAACAAUAUCCGAUCGCUUGUGGGUUUUCUAUCAAAAGCAGAAGAUCUACAAUAUUUAAAAUUAAAGGGAAACAGAAUAAUAAGUGUCUCUAGAGAAAAUAUACCGUUGAAAGUUUCUGAAUUAGAUUUAUCAAAAAAUUUAAUUGCCAAACUAACUGACACCAGUUUCCCAGAAAAUAACUCACUAAAUCUACUUUUCUUGAACUACAACCCGAUAUCCACAAUCUCACCAUCAGCCUUUGCCAGUCUAACCAAGUUGGAUUCGAUUUCUCUGAGAGGCACAAAGCUGGCUCGACUACCCCUAGCAUUAGGUUCUUUAACGAAUUUAGUAUCACUAGAUUUGAGUGAGAGUUCUUACUUGGUCUGUUCAUGUCAGGAGAAAGCGUUGAGGUCUUGGUAUUUGAGCAGGCCUCUUGCAUGUUUCGGAGAAUGCGGUCCAUUAACCAUCGCUUACUUCCUGAAUAUGUUUAGUGAAGGUUGCUGGUAA